AUGGAGGAGAGACCGUCUGCAUUGACAGCUUCGGCAUCGAGGCCUGCCUCCAAUGUCGACCACCCGACACUGAAGCUCCCGACAUCGAGGGCACAAUUGUCCGCCUCCACGCCAGUCAAAAAGAAGGCUAAGAUUUCGUCCCUCUUCCUUUGUCUGGUGAUGCAUCACUCAUAUCAAGGGGAUCUUUGGGCUCUGAUCAAGUCAAAAAGGCAGAAGUGUGAAAAAAUUCAGGACUGGGUGAUCCAGAUGUUCUUUGGACAGAUGGUGGAUGUUUUGGUUUACCUCCAUCAGCAAAACAUUUUCCAUAGAAACCUCAAACCGUCCAACAUCCUUCUAGAUGGCGAGGCCUCCUUCAUGCUUUGUGAUUUCAGCUCUGAAACCCUUAUGACUGAUGAGAUGAAAUGGAAGACAAGAGUGGAAGAAGCUCCUGACCACAAGUCCUGGAUGGCACCAGAAGCACUCAGGUUUUUCUUCAGUGGCAAAUCGGACAUCUGGUCUCUUGGCUGCAUUCUGCUUGAUAUGCUAAACUGCUCCUAUCUGCAUGAAGAGGAAGCCAUUGCAUUGUUGGGCAGAAUUAAAGAAAGUAGCCUUAGUCUUGAGAAUGCCCUGAGGUGUAUGAGGCAAGAGGGCACACCCAUCUCUGCCAUCCUGCUUCUGAUGUUGCAGAUCCAGCCGAUGAUGAGGCCCACAGCAUGGGAGCUGGUUAUUGAUCCAUUUGUUAAAGAAUGUUUGAUUCUGGCCGGAUCUCCCCUAAUCAAAGUGAAGAAGCCUCUUCCUACAGGAAUAAUCGAGGUAAUUCGUAGAAGCGGAAUCCAUACUGUUCUAGAAUUUAUGUUUACGUAUCCAGACAUAGAGGAAGCUCAAGAAAAGGGCAUUGAGCGCCUUCACACCCUCUUGAAAGAUGCCAAGGCUGUGGGGAAGGACCUGGAUGUGGAAAUGCUGUCGAGCAAAACCACAGUUCAUUGCCUGAUAAACUCCAUGAAGUCCUACGCGAACAAUGAAGGCCUGCUGCAGAUGAUCUGCACGUUAUUCAUGAUAAUGUCGAGUAACGACACAGCUGUAGAAGCCCUGAGGAAAGCCGGGCUCUUCUCGGAAGUCCUGACCGUUCUGAGCAAUUGGGCCCACAACAAAGAUAUCAGCCUCGCUUGCUGUGGAGUCAUCUGGAGUCUGGUAGCAAGUGUAACUGAUGUGUCUGAAAUCCCACUGAAAUGUGCUAUUGAGAUUGUCUCUACAAUCCUCCACAUGCACCUUCAGCAUGGAGAUGUGGUAGAAUCUGCAUGCUGUGCUUUCUGGGCCCUGGCCCUUCACGACUGUGUUGAUGAAGCGAAUUACGAGCCCUAUGCCUUGCUUCUGCUGAACGCUCUCCGGCUGUACCCCGAAAGGCCAGUGCUGGCAAAGAAUGCGUUCCUGGCAUUGGCAAGCCUUUUAAGGACAUCUGAACUGUCUGGCUUCCGAUUCAUCGUCACGGAUGAAAAGGGCAGCGGCAUGACCAUGCUGAAGGAGUGCUAUCAGCUUCACCGUGAGGACCCCGAAGUGGUGGAAGACAUGUGUGUGCUGAUUGACGAGAUGUUCAACUACGAUGAAAUUGUGGUGGAGAUGUUCUCUCAGAACAUCACAGAGAUGCUGACAGAAAUGAAAAACAGGUUUACAUCCAGUUUGGUCGGAAUCGACACAUUUCUACUAGCACGCAACGUCAACCUCCACGUCUGCAUGUCGAACCUGUCGAUAUUGUUGAGCGAGUUUAUAGGGACCGUUCACAAAGGCAGCACAUUCCUUUGUCUCCGAGACGUACUCGAUCCAGAAGUCGAUCCCCCCCCGAGUCUUUAUCCCCGCACCACCACCUAUGUCUUGGGAUCAACGCCAACUGGGGUACCUCUACAGCGGUUAUCCACCAUCCAUGCCCUGGCUGAUUCCUGCGGGCUAUUCCGACUGGGAUCGCUACUCGACCCAGUCUGCCCACAGAUCAAGGUCACCCUACAAAUCAGGACCUUCAGCGUCUCUGUCUCGACCUCCGGCUGA